CACACAGGAAGUUCCAUCGUGUGUUCAUGUCUGUGUAGGUGCCGUGUUAAAAGUCAAGUGUCAAUGAAGCAACUCUAUUUCGACUUUUGCCUUGCGACGCGACUACUUCGGAGGAUCAUCUUAUUUUGUGUGCGUGUGUGUGCGUGUGUGUCUGCGGCAUGAAAGUGUGCGUGCUGUUAUUGUGCGUGUGUUGCGUGAGCUGGACGGUGAGGGCUCAGCAGGCCACAACUUACCUGGUGAGCGCCCCCAUGGUUAUGCACAUAGACGCGAUGGAGACGGUCCUGGUGCAGAUGUUUGGGGUCACCCAGGCGGUCAGGGUCUACGUCUUCCUUAAGACCUCCAUGGCGCCGGACCACAAGGUUCUGUCCCGUCAAGUGGUGACCCUCAACAACCAGAACCAGCACCAGGCCAUCGCCUCAGUGAGGAUCUUUUCCGGCCAGCUGGACAAGAGUGUGGAUCAUGUGAUCCUUCACGUCCAAUCAGCGGAGAUCAACCAACAUGUGUCAAUACCCGUCAGCCGGCAAAACGGCUUCCUGUUCAUCCAGACCGACAAACCUUUGUACACGCCCACGCAGAGCGUGAAGGUGCGUGCGUUUUCGUUGAACCAGGAGCUUCAUCCGGCAAAUCGCAGCGUCUUCCUCACCUUCAAGGAUCCCGAUCAUCAGACGGUGGACGUGCAAGAGUUGUUGGACCCGAACAACGGGAUCCCAUCCAUGCAGAACCCCUUCAAGAUUCCCAUCAGACCAAAGUUGGGAGUCUGGUCUAUCGAAGCCUCAUAUUCGGACCUCUUCAGCACCAAAGCCACAACACAUUUUGAGAUUCGAGAAUAUGUUCUUCCCAGUUUCUCCAUCGUGGUCCAGCCUGAAGUGAACUACAUCAGCUUUGGGAACUUUAAGCGUUUCUGCUUCAAAGUGGAGGCCAGGUAUCUUCACGGUGCUCCGGUUUCUUUCGGUGAACUCUUCUUGCGCUUCGGCUACGUGAGCCAGAAGGCACUUCCUGUGAUCAUCCCACACUCCGUGACCAGAGAGCGAUUGUCGUCAUCGGGUGAGAUGGACAAGUGCAUCAACAUGGAGGAGCUUUUGUCCAGUCAAGAUGGACCUAAAGACCUUCACGCUCUCAUCGGGAAGUUCUUGUAUAUCGCUGUGCUUCUCCAAGAGGAAUAUGGUGGUAUCAGCCAGGAGGCGGAGUUUUCAGCUGUGAAGUUUGUCAAGUCACCUUACAGUUUGACGCUGGUGUCCACGCCCCCUUUCAUCAAACCCGGACUUCCAUACACCGUCCAGGUUCUGGUGAAGGACCACCUGGAGCAGGCGGUGAGCCAGGUGGCGGUGCGCGUGUCCCAGCAGCGCAUAUGGAGUCCAAGUGGCGAGCUGGACGUCAAAGUCUGCCCCGAGCGCGCCCGCAGUCAAUCGGAAGGCCUCGCCAUCUUUGUCUGCAACACGCCCGCUACAGCCGCCAAGGCCUCUCUCACGUUCGAGACGUCAGACACAUCGCUCCCGGCCGCCAGUCAGGCUCGCCUGGAUCUCACGGCGGUGGCUUACGAGUCUCCAAACCGCCGCUACCUGUACAUCGACCUGCCGCUGUCCGGCCAGGCCCUCGAGGUGGGCCACUUCGCCAACAUCAAGGUGUACUCGUCCACGCCCGCCUACGUGCCCAUCAAGGCGCUUAGCUUCCUGGUGCUGUCCAAAGGCAAGACAGUCCACUUCGGCAGCCAUAAAUUUGUCGCCAGUGGCGACCACAAGCAAACGCUCAACUUCCUUGUGACGGACGCCAUGGUCCCAUCCGUACGCGUCCUGGUUUACUACAUCCUGCACGCUGAGGGCACAUCCGAGCUGGUGGCGGACUCUGUGUGGCUAAAAGUCACCGCCCCCUGCGUUAGCGGACUACAGACUGAACUGUCAUAUAAAAGGCGGGACUACAGGCCAAAGGAUGAGUUGCAGCUGCACGUCAGGACCAAUCAGGAGGGGUUGGUGGCCUUUUCUGCUGUGGACUCUGCCCUCUAUCAUCUGUACCCCAACUAUAGAGACCCUGUCACCAUGGUGCUGCGUCACAUCAAGGAAAGCGACCAAGGCUGCGGAGGAGGCGGCGGCAAAGACGCAGCGGACGUCUUCCGAUUGGCCGGCCUCACCUUCAUGACCAACGCCAACGCCCAGCCGGCAGCCGACGGUGCGGCGUGCACCGCUGCCGUGCGAAGCAAAAGAGCACUAACGGAAGCGAUGAAGAAAGACAAAGCCGCCUCGUUUGGAGCCCUGGCGCCGUGCUGCGAGUACGGCAUGAAGUACAUCCCCAAGAGUGUGACCUGCCAGCAAUUCGCUCGGCAGAGCAUCCGCCGGACGACGCAUCACGUGCAAUGUCGCCUCGUCUUCGCAAACUGCUGCGAGUUCGUCCAGCUGCACCUGAACCGGGACCAGACUCUCAUCCUGGGCCGCUAUGACAUGGGGGCUGACUUUGAUGCAGCGCCCUCUCUCGUCAGAAGUUUCUUCCCUGAGAGCUGGCUGUGGGAAGUCCAGCCCACCAGAGGAGCUCAGAUGUCCGUCACCAGGAGACUUCCCGACUCUCUGACCACGUGGGAGCUGAAGGCCAUCGGAAUGUUCAGAAACGGUAUAUGCGUGUCCAAUGCGGUGCAGGUGCCGGUGCGGCUGCCGCUUAGCGUGGACGUGCCACUUCCCUACCAGGUGGUCCGCGGCGAGCAGUUGGAGCUGAGCGGCUCCGUGUACAACCAGCAAUCGGAUAGCAUCACGUUCUGCGUGACGCUGACGGUCGGACCGCAGGUGUGCCUGCUCCAAUCCCGGCCGGCCACCGCGGGGGCGGGGCUUCGUUCCACCGUCUGCCAAUGGAGCCUGCUGUCGGCGAGGGACGUGGCCAAGGUGACGUUCACCCUCAUGGGCCUGGAGCCCGGAGAACACACGCUGACCUUCACCCUGAAGACUCAGAGUCAGGGAACGCAGGACAUCCUGGAGAAGAAACUGCGAGUGGUGCCCGAAGGAGUGAAGAUGGAAGAUUACUCCGGCGGCAUAUUGGACCCGCAGGGAAUCUACGGUUCUGAGAAGACCGCGGUGGUGCUGAAGAACCUCCAGCCAGCUAACAUCGUUCCCAACACAGUUGUGGAAAGGAUGGUGACCAUUAACGGUGAAGUUCUGGGAGAUGUUGUGGAAGUGGUCUUAAACCCUGAAGGCCUACGAGAGCUGAUCAACCUCCCCGGUGGUUCGUUGGAGGCCGAGCUGGGCAGGGUCCUCCCUCUGGCCAUGGUGUACCGCUACUUGGAGACCACCCAGAGCUGGGACACCCUGGGCGGAGACAUCCAGAAGAACUCAGCCAACAUGAGACAGAAAAUCAAAGAGGGACUGGUCGGCAUCUCUUCUUUCCGACGCGGAGACUUCAGUUACAGCAUGUGGACCAAGAGGGAAGCCAGUACCUGGCUAACGGCGGCGGCGGUUCGGACCUUGGCUUCCGUGGACCCCGUGCUCCAGGUGGACCGCCAAGCUCUGUCCGAAUCUGUGUCCUGGCUGAUCCGGAAUGCUCAGAACCCGGAUGGCUCCUUUUCAGACACGUCCUCCUUCAGAGCCAACAAAUUCAUGGCUGAGGGGGCGGAGCCAGCGGAGCGCUCUCUGUACCUGACAUCGCUGGUCCUUAUCGCUCUGCGUCGGGCAACCAGCAUCAGAGAACGGAUCCUGCAACUGAAGUUCCACGACGACAGCAUGAGGUCCGCCGCAGAGUACAUUUCCCAGCAUGCUCAGACGGUGAAGAGCGUCUACGUGCGGGCGCUGGCCACGUACGCCCUGACGCUUCACGACCCAAACAACGCCAUCAGUGUCGCGCUCAUCAACAGCCUGGAGAGGCUGGCCAAGGAGAAAGGACACCCAACUGUGCUCAGGUACUGGCAGGAGUCCGGCACAGCAACGGGUUGGCUCAGACCCGACCAAUCAAGCGGCCUGACAGUGGAGACGACGGCGUACGUGCUGCUCAGCACGCUGCUGAAGGGCCGGAUCCCGUACGCCAACCCCAUCGUGUCCUGGUUGACCCAAGAUCAGCACUAUGGACAAGGAUUCUACUCUGUGCAGGACACGGUUUUGACUCUGGAGGCUUUGACGGAGUACAGCCGGGUGGUCCCCCGCGCCGUCCUCGACCAGGACAUCAACGUCCGCUACGGACGCAAAGGAACGCUGGCUCGGGUCCACCUAAGCCCCUCGCGGCCAGUGGCCACGCCCAUCCAGGUGUUGAAGAACGAUGACAUCACCGUCUCCACGGGAUUCGGGAAAGGCGUGUCAAGUGUCAAGAUGAAGACGGCGUACUACCAGACCACACCGCCCUCUCGCAACUGCAACUUUGACCUUAGCAUCGAGAUGGUCGGCGCAGACGCGGAGGACGGCCCCAGCAUCCGUGAACCGCACCUUUCCGCGUGUGCCAAGUACAAGCCUCCUCCCAAUGAGCUGGCGACCGAGUCCACAAUGACGGUCAUGAAGAUCCAGCUGCCGACCGGCGUGGAGGCACACCUGGAGGACCUGAGACAGUUCCGAGAUACAAUGGAACCUGUCAUCUCCCACUACGAGCUUCAAGGUACCACGGUCGUCAUCCAGAUGGACUCGGUUCCGUCUGACGUGUUUCUGUGCGUCAGCUUUCGGAUCCGCGUUGGCUUCAAGGUGGGCGGGGCCAGCAAGUCUCUGCUGACUGUUUCUGAGCCUCAGGACAAAGGAAGUUUGUGUAGCAAAGCCUUCUCCUACACGGAGCAGAAGCUGCAGCGUUUCUGCGUGGCUGACCAGUGCCAAUGCAUGACAGCCGCGUGCGCGACCUACAGAGCCAAACCCGACGUGACCUUGACUGCCGCCAAACGCCUCCAGGAAACGUGUCAGCCUCACAUCAAAUACGCUUAUAAACUGCAAGUCAAGUCUUCGCAAACAGAAGGAGACUUUGUGACCUUCACAGCCAACGUCCGUGAAGUCCUCAAGAACACAGAUCCGGGGUUCGAGACGUUGAGUUCCGGCUCCGAGGUGGAGCUCAUCAAGAAGGUGACGUGCGACCUGGUCCACGUGGAGCUAAACCGGCAGUAUUUGCUGAUGGGAUCCAGCGGGUCCGAGGUGCAAGUGGGCCACGCCUCCAGGUUCCGCCUUCCCCUGGACGCUGACGCCACACUGGAGCCGUGGCCCACCCAAUGUGAAGAUCCGGUUUGCUCGGCGCAAACGGCCAGCAUGGACGAGUACGCUCUCGACCUACAGCUCUUCAGCUGUCCAAAGGCCUGAUGGUGUCACCUGACGUCGGCGGCAUGCCGGGGCAUAACAUGCCGACAGCAAGUUAUGCAAAUCACCUUGACGUCAUGACAAAACUGCGACAUGACUGACGAAACUUUGACAUGAUGACUGCUUGGCGUGAUGUGACGUCACUUUCACUGAUGAAAAACAUGGACGACACACGA